CUGACAGUCCCUCUGUUCCACAUACUGUAACAGAGAGAGAAGGAAAAGAAAAACAUCAUUUACAGAUAUCAAUUCUAAUGAGAAGAAGAACCAUAUUGAUCAGAUUCUCCAGAAGACGACAUAAUUUUCACUUCACUGAGACUGAGGGCUAAAGACGGACGUCAAUGCUGCUGUGAGCCGUCGCGGAUCCUUUCGGAAAGCCGGCCUGAGGGUCACCCGAGUCACGCAGAUGGAACCUGAGACUUUUCUGACUCUCCUGAUGGUCAUGUUAGCCGCUGGGGCGAGUGAUGACGAGCUUUCGGCGCACACGCACCAGGUGAGCACGUCUCAGUGCGGCGAGUACAGUAACCAGGUGAUGAAGGACGGAACCUGCAAACUGGUGGCCACGCUGCCGCAGCUAGACGAGCAUCGCUGCCCUGACAUGUUCCGCUGCACAGACGAGGUUUCCUACUGGCUCCAUGAGAACGAAGAGCGCAAGCAGCAGAUCCUGGUGCUGCACGAGACCAUCUCUGAGCUGCAGGAGGAGCUGCGUAACCAUCGGCACAGAGUUAAAGUCCUCGAGCUGCAGAGUGAGGAAAAGUUCCACCUGAACUCAUCUCAGGAGCAUCGCUUCCGUGAGCUGGAGGGUCAGUACGCUGAGGCCACCACGUUGCUGCACAUCCAGGGCUCACUCAUCUCCGACCUGCAGGAUCAGAUCCGUAACCUCUCCAUGCAGGUGGAGAAAGUUGGCCGGAACCCCGGGUGCAUGAUCAACAUCGUCCGUACCAGCCCUCUCCUCAGCACCCAGCACACCCUGCACCCUGAGAUGCAGCGUGUCAGAAACUGCCCCAUCGACUGUGCCUCCAUCUAUUACAACGGAGUGCGGAGGUCCGGGAUCUACACAGUGGUGCCGUCGUUAGGAGCCAUGCCUGUGGAGGUUCACUGCGACAUGGACACGGAUGGCGGUGGCUGGACCGUGAUCCAGCGUCGGCAGGACGGCUCGGUGAAAUUCGACCGGGGCUGGAAGGAGUAUAAGGACGGAUUCGGAGACCUGCACAACGAGUACUGGCUUGGAAAUCAGCACAUCCACGCUCUGUCCACUCAGGGAGACUACACGCUGCGUAUAGACAUGGAGGACUGGAGCGGAAAACACAAACACGCUCUUUACCAAAGCUUCAACAGGAUUGAUGACGAAGCGGCCCAGUACAGGCUUCACAUAUCGGGCUUCAGCGGCACAGUCGAAGACUCGUUCAGCUGGUAUCACGACAAGCAGGACUUCAGCACGCCGGACACAGGAAACAUCUGCGCUGAGAUCUCACAUGCAGGCUGGUGGUACAACCAGUGUUUCUACGCCAACCUCAACGGCGUCUACCACAAAGGUGGACGCUACACUCCAAAGGGGAAAAAUGCGCUGGGACCCAACGGGAUCGUCUGGUUUACCUGGAAGGACUCUGACUAUUACUCCCUGCGUAAGGUGACCAUGAUGAUCCGACCACGCACCUUCCGGCCUCACCUGUCGCCCUGAGCCGGCCAAUCACAGCAUGAGGGAGACAACACUGAUGGACUGGAUGGUGAUGUCACUUAAUGCACUUUUUUUUUUCAAGGAGAGGAUGCUGUGGUACUUCCAAUUUAGGCCUCAAAGAAACACGACAUUUUUCAUCCCUGCAGCUUUCAACAAGUUCAAUAACUGACAUCUGUUUUGUUAGAGCGCAUCAUUUUAGCUUGUAUAGAAAUGUAUAGAUAUGACUGACAUAUCUUAUUUAAAGUGAAUGAGAACAGCCCACCAUCUGAUAUGUCGCCGCACGUGACCCACGACUCACGUUCCUAAAA